AGCUUUACGCAAUCAUUAUUCUCUCUCUCUCUCCCACGGUCGGUUUACAUACAUAUCUAAACUCUCCACCGGAGCUCCGACGAGUUUGCCGGCCACUUUUCGAUCGAAUAUCGAAGCUACAAAGAGAUGGAUAUGAUAAAACCAGAGUUGCAUGUAGUUCAACAAAUCCGAAGAGAUAAGUUUAGAGUUGAGCAAAUGAAUGAUUAUCCCAACACUUGGAAUCAUCAUCAUCAGCAGCAGCAGCAGAAUCAGAACAUCAGAAUUACCAACAACCUUGAUUUGAUUGGUAUUUUGCAGAACCAGAUUUCUGUACCGGUUCAGACCGAUUUGUAUCAAGAUUCUACCGCAACCUUUAUGAACAUGCCUCAGUCAAUACAUAGAGACCCACAAAGCUCUAGUAAUUGGAGAAGUAGUGAUUUGUCACAACCGAGUACCGUGAAUUGUUCAGCGGUGAAUUACGGGUAUGAUGAGGUUGGUAUUAGGCCAAGCAACGUUGGAGAUUUGUUCUCAAAUCAUUUCAAUUCUCGGAACCAAAUAUUGGACCGUCCUCAUUAUGUUGGACGGGACACUAUUGCUCAGUCUAGCAUGACAAGGAGAAGUGAAGUUUCUUGUCUAGAUGAUAACCAGAAGGGUUGUGUAACGGUGGCUUGUUCAGGUUCUGGUAAUGAGAUUCUAAAGAGCAGUUAUGAUCAAGGUUCUUCUUCUGGAAGUUACCGAGGAGAAUUUGCGUUUCUCCCACGUUUGGAGAAUCAAUCAGUUGCGCAUAAUGCAAGCCAAUGGAACCACGAAUCGCUGGAUGUUACUGCUCCUUCACAUACUAAUAAGAAAGGCUUUCCACUCUCACUUUUGUCUGGAAUACCUCCAUCUACGAUGAAUAUCCACGGACAUUUGGGCCCGCUCGGGCCUUUUACGGGAUAUGCAUCGAUACUGAAGAGUUCGAGGUUCUUAGAGCCGGCUCAAAAAAUGUUAGAAGAGUUCUGUAUCUCUUAUGCUUCAAGGAUUAUUAGUAGAAGCGAAUCUACUUCCAUGGAUGAUGAUGAUGAUGAUGAUGAUAACUCGUCAGUGUUUAGUAGUUCUUAUGAGCCAGUAGAGCCCAAGAAUAGACUAAAGAGGGCAAAACUUCUCUUUCUACAAGAAGAGGUUUGCAAGUGGUACAAAUUAUACAAUCAUCAGUUGCAAACAGUUAUGUCUUCCUUCAAUACAGUGGCUGGUCUAAGAACCGCAACACCGUAUAUCUCGUUGGCGCUCAAACGGACUUCGAGAAGUUUUAAGGCCCUUAGAACCGCAAUAUCUGAACAUGUAAAGCAAAUCUCAAGUCACUCAUCAAGCGGUGACAACAACGUAUUCCAAAAGAAACAAAGAUCUUUGAUUGGUAACAAUGUCGGGUUUGAAUCUCAACAACAACAUAUGUGGAGGCCUCAAAGGGGGUUGCCCGAACCCGCGGUGGCUGUUCUCCGAGCAUGGCUCUUUGACCAUUUUCUUCAUCCGUACCCCACUGAUUCUGAUAAGCAGAUGCUAGCCACUCAAACCGGUCUCUCUCGUAACCAGGUAUCAAAUUGGUUCAUAAAUGCCCGUGUGCGAUUAUGGAAACCAAUGGUGGAAGAAAUACACACACUUGAGACCAAAGCCAUUAAAAAUCCAGAGACUAGUCACAACAUGGAGCCCUCAAAUAGGCCGAAUACUGUUAGUAGUACUCCGAGCCAUGAACAAACGUUAACGGACCUCUCCGGGACUAAACGGUCGAGAUUAGAGUACAUGGACAUGAUGGGGUUCAAUAGAGGGAACGUGUCACUCACGUUAGAGCUUAGGCGUGGUGUGGACAAUGUAAUCCAGACACAGGAUCAUCAGUUUGGAACUGGAAGCCAAAUGUUUCAUGACUUUGUGGGUUGAAACUCGUCUGCUUUUGUUACACCUUUAUGUCUUUUGCAUAGCGAACGGAGAGGAAUUAAAAACAGUUGUCUGAAAUGGUUACUCUCAACUUAGGGCGAUAAAUUAUAAAACCUUUU